CUCACCUCCGACCACACCAUCUGUAAUCGCACCUCGAACGUCCGCCAAAAUCGCAAACAUGUCCGCCCCUGUCUCUCGCGCCCUUGGGCGAUGCGUAUGCAAUGCUCGCAGCUCAAUCUCCGUCGUCCGCCCCACAGUCUCCUUCGCACAGCAACGAUCCUCGCGGAGAUGGCAAAGCACAGAUGCGGCCGCCGCACCAACAAACCCUAAGAUCGCUACUAUCGUGGAUCAAAUCAGCCAAUUGACUCUUUUGGAGACCGCAGACCUUGUUUCGACUCUCAAGACUCGUCUCAACAUCCCUGAUAUGCCCGUUGGUGGUUUCGUUGCUGGACCUGGCGCUGGUGGCGCACCAGCAGCCGCACCUGUUGAAGAGGAAGAGGCUGCCCCCGCCGCUGCAGAGAAGACCCUCUUCAACCUCAAACUCGAGAAGUUCGAUGCUGCAGCAAAACCCAAGGUCAUCAAGGAGGUCAAGGCCAUGUUAGGACUGUCACUGGUGGAUAGCAAGAAAUUCGUGGAAAGCGCACCGAAGAUGAUGAAGGAGGGUGUACCAAAGGAGGAGGCAGAGAAGAUCGUCAAGACCUUGAAGGACCUCGGUGCGACUGUCGUCAUGGAAUAAAGGACUGCUGUUUAGGGGACAAAACGGUCCAGGCGAUGAUGGAUGCAUACACUGUACUAUAUUUCAGCAUUAAUGCGUGUACAGAUACGAUAACUUGUGAUUCUUGGAUGUGUUCGAUACAGAUAAAAUAGAUUCAAGUAUGCGUGCCUAAAUGGUAUCUCUCCAGUCUGAACU